AUGGCCACCAACCCCCCGCCGCCCCUCGAGGGCAAGAAGCGCCGCAUCGGUGUCAUGACCUCGGGCGGAGACGCUCCUGGCAUGAACGGCGCUGUGAGAGCUGUCGUGCGCAUGGCCAUCCACCGCGGCUGCGAGGCCUACGCCGUUUACGAGGGCUACGAGGGCCUUGUCCAGGGCGGCGACAUGAUCCGCCCCAUGGUCUGGGAAGAUGUCCGCGGUUGGCUCUCCGAGGGCGGCACUCUCAUCGGCACUGCUCGCUGCAUGAGCUUCAGAGAGCGCCCCGGCCGUCUGCAGGCCGCUAAGAACAUGAUACUCAAGGGCAUUGACGCCCUUGUCAUUUGCGGAGGAGACGGCAGUUUGACUGGCGCCGAUCUGUUUAGAUCCGAGUGGCCCAGCCUGGUCGACGAGCUGGUCGAGAAGAAGGAGCUUACCGCCGACCAGGUCGCCCCAUUCCGUCAUCUCAACAUCGUUGGUCUCGUUGGCUCCAUUGACAAUGAUCUGGCUGGAACAGACGCGACCAUUGGUGCUUACACCUCUCUCGGCGUCAUUUGUGAGGCAAUUGACAAGCUCGACUCCACCGCCUCGUCCCACCAGAGAGCUUUCGUCAUCGAGGUCAUGGGCAGGCAUUGCGGUUGGCUGGCCCUGAUGGCUGGUAUUGCCAGCGGCGCCGACUACGUCUUCCUUCCGGAGAAGCCCCCGGGCGAGGACUGGGAGCAAGAUCUCAGCAAGAUUGUCAAGAAGCACCGUGAAGAGGGCAAGCGCAAGACCAUGGUCAUUGUCGCUGAGGGUGCUCACGACUCCAACCUCAAACCCAUUACUCCCAAUACUGUCAAGGACCUGCUUGCAAACCAGCUCAAGCUGGACACCAGAAUCACUACCCUGGGUCACGUCCAAAGAGGUGGCGAGGCUAGCGCCUACGACCGCAUGCUUUCGACUCUUCAGGGCGCCGAGGCCGUCAAUGCCGUUUUGGAUGCCACUCCUGACACGCCCAGCCCUGUCAUUUGCAUUCUGGAGAACAAGAUUGUCCGCCGCCCGCUUAUGGAGGCCGUGAAACAGACUCACGAGGUUGCUGCUGCCAUCAAGGCCAAGGACUUCGAUCGUGCCAUGAGCCUGCGUGACGUCGAGUUUGCUGAGUACCACGCUGCCUACCAGAUCAUGACCUCUGCCAAGAUUCCAGACCUUCAACUUCCCCCGGAGAAGCGCAUGCGCGUUGGUAUCAUCCACGUCGGUGCUCCGGCAGGUGGAAUGAACGCUGCCAGUCGUGCGGCCGUUGCUUACUGCUUGGCCCGUGGCCACACCCCCGUCGCCCUCUACAACGGUUUCCCCGGCCUCUGCCGUCACCACGCUGACAAGCCCCUCAGCUCCGUUCGCGAAAUCCACUGGCUCGAUGCUGAGAACUGGGUCAGCCGUGGUGGUUCGGAGAUUGGUACCAACCGUGGACUUCCCGCCGAUGAAGCUGAGGGUCUUGAGGGUGUGGCCAAAAUCUUCGACACGUACAACAUCCAAGCGCUAUUCGUGGUCGGUGGUUUCGAGGCCUUCACCGCUGUCAGCCAGCUGAGAAAGGCUCGCCAAUACUACUCCGCCCUCCGCAUUCCCAUGACCGUCCUGCCGGCCACCGUCAGCAACAACGUCCCUGGAACCGAAUACUCGCUUGGUAGCGACACUUGCUUGAACGCGCUUAUCCAGUACUGCGACGUCAUGAGGCAAUCCGCAUCUGCGUCUCGCCGCCGUGUCUUCGUCAUCGAAACCCAAGGUGGCGCUUCUGGUUACAUCGCUACUCUGGCCGGUAUCUCGGUCGGAGCUCUCGCGGUCUACACUCCCGAGGAGGGCAUCACGCUCAGCAUGCUCUCGAAGGAUAUCGAUUUCCUUCGCGACAGCUUCGCCAAGGACAAGGGUCUUGGUGGUGGUGGAAAGAUCAUCCUCCGCAACGAGAAGGCAUCGAAGACCUACAGCACCGAGCUCAUCGCUGAUAUCAUCCGUGAGGAGGGCAAGGGCCGCUUCGAGUCCCGUCACGGUGUGCCUGGUCACUUCCAGCAGGGUGGCAAGCCUUCGCCCAUGGACAGAAUGAGGGCCACCAGGUUCGGUGUCCGCAGUAUGCAGCACCUCGAGAGCUUUGCGGGCAAGAGCAAGGACGAGAUCGCCGCCGAUCCCAUGAGUGCUGUGGUCAUCGGCAUCCGUGGCGCCAAGGUCAAGUUUUCCGCAAUGGAGAAGGUCGAGAACGAGGAGACCGACUGGCCCAACCGUCGUCCUAAGGACGAGUUCUGGAUGGGCUACAAGGAUUUGAUCGACACCCUCAGCGGUAGGCCCAAGCCUGUUUUGUGA